GACACAUACUGAUACUCACAGAGAUAAAGAACAAUGGCAGAAUCUUCACCAACAUCAACAAAAACAAGAAAAAACAGGAGACAGAGUAUUGAACAUGUACCAUACACUCUUUACAUUCAACCAGCUUCAUGAGGUGCAUCAUGGGAUUCUUUAUAAACAGUAUUGAAGGAGUUCACACUAAUUCUAAAUAAUGUCUCUUUCCAGUCAUGUCAUCCUCCAUUAGUUCACUGACUGAGGAGCUUCAGUGCUCGAUAUGUCUGGACGUGUUCACUGAUCCAGUCACGACUCCAUGUGGACACAACUUCUGCAAGACCUGUCUGAAUAAGUGCUGGGACAACAGCCAGACCUGCAGCUGUCCAUACUGUAAAGAAACAUUCAAGCAAAGACCUGAUCUCAAGAUUAAUACCACACUCCGAGAGCUCAUAGAUCACUAUAAAAAGAAAAGUUCUGAGAAAAAGCCUGAAGUUCUGUGUGACAUCUGUGAGGAAAGAAAGCUGAAAGCCCUGAAGUCGUGUCUGGUGUGUCAGAGCUCUUACUGUGAAACUCACCUGGAGCCUCAUUUGAGAGUGGCAGGUUUAAAGAAACACAAACUGAUGGAUCCUGCGAGUAAUCUGGAGGACUAUAUAUGUCAGAAACAUGAGAGACCUCUGGAGCUGUUCUGUAGAGAUGAUCAGACAUGUGUGUGUUCGAUCUGCAAUGUGAAAUACCACAAGAACCACAACACUGUUUCUAUAGAAGAGGAGAGUCAAGAGAAGAAGAUUGAACUGAUGAAGACACAGAAAGACAUGCAGCAGAUGAUCCAGAACAGAAUCAAGAAAAUUCAAGAAAUCAAACACUCAGCAGAAGUCAGAAAAAUGUUUUAUACUGAACUACUGGAGAUGAUGGAGAAGCAGCAGAAAACAGCAGAUAAACAGGAGCAAGAGCUGAUUGAAGAGCUGGACCGGGAGAUCACUGAGCUAAAGAUGAGAAACACUGAGCUGAACCACCUCUCACACACUGAAGAUCACCUCCACCUCCUACAGAUUCACUCAUCCCUGUGCAGCCCUAGAAACACCAGGAACUGGCCUGAGAUCAGUAUGAAGACUCAUGAGAGUCUGGGGACUCUGAGGAGAGCUCUGACUAAACUGAAGGACACUAUAGAUGAGAAACUCACACAAACUGUCUCUUCAGAGCUGAAGUGGAUGCAGCAGUAUGCAGUGGAUGUGACUCUGGAUCCUGAUACAGCUAAUCCAUACCUCAUCCUGUCUGAUGAUGGAAAACAAGUGAGAUGUGGAUACAUUAGACAGAAACUCCCAGACAAACCAGAGAGAUUUGAUUACUAUCCAGAUAUCCUGGGAAAGGAGGGAUUCUCCUCAGGGAGAUUUUAUUUUGAGGUGCAGGUGAAGGGAAAGACUGAUUGGGAUUUAGGAGUGGCCAGAGAAUCCAUUAACAGGAAGGGAAAGAUCACAGCAAGCCCCAGUAAUGGAUACUGGACUAUGAUUCUGAGGAAUGGAAAUGAAUAUAUAGCCUGUGCUGGUCCUUCUAUCUCUCUGUCUCUGAGAGUGAAGCCGCAGCGGGUCUGUGUGUUUGUGGAUUAUGAGGAGGGUAUGGUCUCCUUUUAUGAUGUGGAGUCCAGCUCUCAAAUCUAUUCUUUCACUGGUCAGUCUUUCACUGAAAAACUCUAUCCAUAUUUUUGCCCAUGCAAUAAUGAUGGAGGUAAAAACUCAAGCCCACUGAUCAUCACACCUGUCAAUUAUUAUAAAUGAAUUUACACUCCUAAUAUGAAAUACAAUAUUUAAAAAAUGAGUUUUAUAAUUACAAAUAUGAAAACAUUUUGUGCUGCUAUUUUUAUAAUUUUGUUUUUAAAUUGUUUUAAUUGUUUGCUAUCAUUACAUAUAUUUUAAUGUAAAUAUAUAAUGCUAGUUCAAUCAAUGAUUUUUGUUCAAUGUUUCAUAAAUAUUCCCGUAAUUUUUGUCUUCCCAUCUCCACUCAACAAAGUGAAAUUUCCUGUAAAAUCUUAACAUCUAAAAAUGGUA